AUGUCCUACAUUCCUCCAUAUAGCAUUCCCAAAUCCAGUGCUACCACUUCAACCACAAACACCAAUACAACCUCUGAAUCUGUUAGCAAAGUGGCUCAAGAUAAUAAGAUUGUUAAACCUGAUAUACCACCUGAUAAUGGAAUACAAACUCAACUAUUAAGAGGUAUGUUGGGCACUUCCGAGUCUCCCAGGCUACAAAGCGGCUCGCCAGGAGUAUCAGAUGCUGCUCCGGCAGUUGUGACUGUGGAAGACAAAGGACAAUUUAAAACAGCGACCGACAGCGGAACGAAGGACUUGGUCAGUUUGUUUGACAAGUUUGAUGUGAGCAAAGAGAUAGGAGAGGACAGCAAGGACGACGAAGAGAACAAGGAAAACGACAGGCAAGACAAAGAGAGCAACAAAGACAACAAAGAGGACGAUAAAGAGCACACGGAAAUGGAACCGGCUUUGGAUACUGUUGCCUCUGAGGGAAAAGACGAAACCACAAUUGACGAAGAUCCUACAGCUCUCAACCGACCGGGUAUAUCUUCGAUUGGCUCUGAUGACGAUGAAUCCACACACGAAAAAGCAGAGGAAAAGAAUGAGUCAGAAGACAAAAACGAGCACCUGACGCCAGGGACCACCAGUAAUACGCCCCCAUUGAUGGUUCAAAAGGCUCUGGCCAUGACAAUACAACCAUAUGAUCCCUUUUCAAGCACAGCGAGCCCAGACCCAGAACAGGCUCAGCAGAAAGACUUAUCUGACAUAACGGGCGCCAUAGAGCAAACUUCCAUUAAAGAAUUCGAGUUACCGAAAGAAACACUUGAUAACGAGUUGCUGUCUGAUGUGGCAGCCGAAAGCAACAAAGCUGGCAAUGAAGCAUCGGGCCCGGAGGAGGAGCAUCGCAUGUCUUCAACCAACGGAGUGGAUGCUAAUGAGCAGUAUAAGCAGUCGCAUAAACCAUUUGAUUUUGACCAAUUUUUAGUGCAUUUACGCAAGAAGUCGGCCGAUCCAAUAGUCCGAUUCAUUCGUUCCUUCUUGCUCAAUUUCAACCGCCAAGCUCACGCAUUAUCUUACGAGCAGAAAAUCAAGAUCAUUUCCGACUUCAAACAAUUCAUGAACGAGAAAUUUGCAUUAUAUGAACCCUUUUCAUCUAUGGACACGAUAGACCUAGAAAAUUCAAGAGAAGGAUUGGAAAAAUUGAUUAUGAACAGACUAUACGACUUGACUUUUCCUCCAAAUGUUGCAAAGUCUCUUGGUAACCGCGAGGCCGAGUCCACGUACAAAGACUUGGAAGAAGAUGAAGAAUUUGCUCGUCAGCUAGAAAAGUUUAGCUGGGUCAAUGGCUCACAUUUGGACAUUGAUCUAGAGAGUCUUUCACGACUUCGAACGCAAGUUUCUGACGAUGAUUCUAACUUUUUGGACUACGCUAUUCAGGAACUCAACAAGAUCAAUGAUUAUAGAGCUCCACGAGAUAAGAUAAUUUGCAUUCUCAAUUCAUGCAAAAUCAUUUUCAGUUUCCUUAAAGUGAACAAACAAGAGACGAGUGCCGAUUCAUUUAUUCCAUUAUUGAUUCUAGUGAUCAUUAAAGCAAAGACUAGCCAUUUCAUCAGCAACAUACGGUAUAUUGAAAAUUAUCGAGGUGAAGAAUGGCUCUCGCACGGAGAAACCAGCUAUUACCUCUCGUCGGUGCAGGGAGCGGUGGGUUUUAUCUCUAAAUUGGACUUUGAGCAACUCAAGAUUGACAAGAAGGAAUACGAUGCACAUCUUGAAGCCUGGCAAGCGGAAGAAACGAGGCUAAACAAGCAAAAACUGGCUACUACUAAACCCAAGGCUAGCCUUGAGACACGAUUGCAACAGCCAAGGCCACAGCAUGCUGCUCAAAAUACUCAAACAUCACCAAGUCAGAGCUUCUCACCUUCUUCGGUUCUUCUUACUAGUGCGGAAAUGGUGUCGAAGUCAAUAUCUAAUUUUUUGUCGCCGUCACCCACAGAGGAACCACAAGUGGCUCAAAGAAGACAGCGUGAACUGAAUCACCAAGCAGAACCACCCAUUGACCCAGAAACCAUGAAAUCCAUCUACGACAAUUUGACGGAAAUUUUCCCCAACAUAGACUCCACGGUUCUCAAAGACUUGAUAGUGAUCAAAAAAGGCAAUCAAGACGAAUGCGUAGAAGCAUGUUUACAAUUGGUCAACGAGGUCUGA